AGCACACACUCCUUGUCGGGGAAUUUAGUUGUCAAUUAUCAGUGAUAAGAGUCUUGGAUAUAUUUCUGUAGAAUAUAUAUAAGUCCAGCACCACAACCUUCCGACGAUCAUACCGAGUAUGUCCACGCAGUAACGUGCCGCAAUGGAUUCAGCAGGGAUACUCGUUGGUUUGCUACUAAUUUAUUGCGUCCAAAGUGAAGCGUUUCACAGCAAUCCGUUUGAUGUAAUCCGAGGAUGUAAACAGUACGCAAAUGUGGUCGAUUACAAUGGAGCGCUUGAAUAUUUUGCUACCGAUAACUUGCAGCACGUGGGACGGACGCCCGGUUCCAAGUACUUCCGCUUUGGCAUCGUAGGGCCAACCGAUGGGCACAUCCGUUUCGGAGGUUCACCGUACCCAUACGGUAAGGAUGUGAUUGAGAUCGUGCUCUCCGGCUGGGUUAACACGAAAAGCGCUGGACAACGCCAGUUUCGUACGAGACCGCACGCGAAGGAGAUAAACGUGCGUCUGGCCGAGGUGGAAACGCCCAAUCUGCUGUCCCCAUACCGACCGACCAUGUUCGUGCUGGAGGUGUUCAACAAUGGAACCGUCCAGGUGCGGAAGGACGGAGAAGGCCAUCCAUUCCUGCAGUUUCGCGAUGGAAACCGUUACCUGCCGGUCGACUAUAUGGCUUUCACUAAAUGGGGCAAGAUCGAUCUCAUCUACUUCUAUGAUUGUCCACUGAAGGAGCCGCUCGGUGGCGACGAUUCUAUUUUUUGAACUGUAUGGUCAUGUAAUUAAAGAUGAUGGAUUUUAUUUUUAUUACCGAAAGCACAUUUAUCCAAACUCCCCGAGAUCGUUUUGUCUAAAAUGUAUAUUCUUUAAAGGAAUAAUAUAAAACAUCGCAA